GGUAUGAUUAACAAAAUUUGGACGCCAUGAUAAUGAAAAGUUUUAGCUGCUCAAAAGCAGUCUUUAUUUUUGUGAUAACUUCUCUCCUCUGCAUCAAAUCAUCGAAUGCCAUCGAGGGUCAAUUUUUAUAUUGCCCAACUUUAGAAGAUCUUCAAACCAUUUUUACGAAAGCGCUUUCAAGGAACUUUGCUGAAGUUUCGGUAAAAGUCGUUCAAUGUCCAGAACUCAACAAAAAGCCCUUCAAACUAGCAACCAAGGGUUUAGACGGAGAUCCUGUCUUAUUAGCAGUCGGUAUGCAGAAUCCAGAUAUUGGCCGUAAAUUGACGAAAGUCUACGAUCUCGAAAACAUGCUUUAUAUUGCAGGCCACGAAAGGAAAUCCUUUAUUAUUGGAGCUGCCCAGGGACCCUGGCCUUAUAAUAAAAAACGUAGCUUAAUGGCAGUUAACGUCGUUUUGGAUAAAGAGAAAGAAACAUCAAGAGUUGCUAUUUUGGAUGAGAAUAAUAAUAAUUAUGUUUUAGAAACAUUGCCUGCAAAUGAAACACGUUUUUCUCAUAAAGCAAACCUGUUUGUGUCUAAAGGGAAAACAGGAAAAGUAUUAGAAGUUCAUGUCAAAAAUCGUAUAGGAAGCGAAAGCUUUAUUGAAAUUAUGCAGAAGGCUUUAGCUAGUCAUUAUAAUAAGGAUUUUAUUGUCGGUUUGGGUGGAGUAUUUCUUGUAACGAAAGGGAAUGUAAAACAGCUCUUAAUACCAUCUUCUUUAGAGCAACCUUCACAUCCUGACAAAGAUUUUUAUUCCUUCAACAUGUCUGCUCCAUUAAUUGCAGUUGGCAGCUUUAUUUCAGCGAAAACUGAGCUCAACUUUGUUGAACAUAAUUUUCACAGUUUUUCUCUGAAUGGUGGAGGAGGUCAUUUUCAGAAUGAUGUUACUCCUAACAUAGUGGAAUAUUUAGCUUACUUUAAUACGGCUGGGACCGAGGGCUGGCGGCGGUAUAAAAGCUUUCUCCAUACGACAAAUGAUAAUCAGGAUAAUCGUAGGAGUUACAGUGGUCUCGUGGUGGGGCGUAAUCAUCCCGAUGUAUUCAGUAAAGGUUUCCGAAUAACCGCUGGAAGUAAUAGGCAUCAGCGUAAUAAUGGCACCACUAAUAAUCCUCGACUGGAACCACCGCAAACUCUGGUAGCACCCUCUGCACGAAAUUUCGUUUCUGUAAAAAUGCUAGGUGAAGACAUUCUUGUUGGAAAUCUACGUAGUCCAACUGAUGGAUCAAAUGUACCAAAUCGCCUUUUUGUAAGACUUAUGGAUCGUAGUAUUUUAAUUGCAGAUCUCGUAGCUCUCGAGAAUACUAGUAAUCAAUAUUAUCCGGAAAACCGAUGUUUUAUUAAAAUUGAAGAGAACUACUAUCUAUCAGCAUUCCUUCAGGCUGAAUAUAACAUUACUCAAAUAUUUGAAAAUAUAAGCGUCAGGUUAGUACAGCGAACAAAUAAUAAUACACCUGCUAAGACUUAUUAUGGAUAUCUACAUCGACAUCAUAAUAAUGUUCCUGACUGGGCAAGAGGUUUACCUACUGGACGUUAG